UUUUUUCCUGAAACAUCGGGGCUUAAACCCUAAAAAACGAGCGGCUCCCAUUGGCAAAAACCCUUUCAUUUUACAGAGGUGAAAUAAAACCCAUUGCCACUGACUGACGUAGAGAUUCUCGUCUCCAAUGGCAUUGUAUCUUCUCUACGAAUCUGCGUCUGGAUACGGACUGUUUUUGGCCCACGGUAUUGAUGAAAUUGGGCAAAACACAGAGGCUGUUCGUAACUCAGUAGUCGAUCUUAAUCGAUUUGGAAAGGUCGUAAGGAUUGCCGCUUUUAAUCCUUUUGAAUCAGCCCUUGAUGCUCUCAACCAGUGCAAUGCCGUCUCUGAAGGCCAAAUGACAGAAGAACUGAGAAACUUCUUGGAGCUCAGCCUUCCUAAAGUCAAAGAAGGUAAGAAACCAAAGUUCAGCUUAGGAGUAGCCGACCCAAAAAUCGGGUCUCACAUACAUGAAGAAACCAAGAUCCCCUGCCAAAGCAACGAGUUUGUUCUCGAGCUCAUUAGAGGCAUCCGUUUGCAUUUUGAUAGAUUCAUCGAGAAUCUCAAGCCUGGUGACUUGGAGAAAGCACAACUUGGUCUGGGCCAUAGUUACAGCAGGGCAAAAGUCAAGUUCAAUGUUAACCGUGUUGACAAUAUGGUUAUUCAAGCAAUUUUCCUUCUAGACACUCUUGAUAAAGAUGUCAAUUCGUUUUCCAUGAGAGUCAGAGAAUGGUACUCAUGGCAUUUUCCUGAGCUAGUCAAGAUAGUGAAUGACAACUAUCUGUAUGCUAAACUUGCAAAAUUUAUAGAGGACAAAUCAGAGUUAUCAGAAGAUAAAUUAUCAGGUCUAGUAGAUAUACUCGGUGAUGAAGAUAAAGCAAAGGAAGUGGUUGAAGCUGCCAAAGCAUCAAUGGGUCAGGAUUUGUCACCGGUUGACUUGAUCAAUGUGAAGAUGUUUGCUCAGAGGGUAAUGGAGCUUGCUGAGUAUAGAAAGAAGCUAUAUGAUUACCUUGUUGCUAAAAUGGGUGAUAUAGCACCUAAUUUGGCUGCAUUAAUUGGUGAAGUUGUUGGAGCUCGUUUGAUAUCUCAUGCUGGUAGCCUCACAAAUCUCGCCAAGUGUCCUUCAUCUACCCUUCAAAUCCUUGGUGCCGAAAAAGCCCUUUUCAGGGCUUUGAAAACUAAAGGGAACACUCCAAAAUACGGGCUUAUUUUUCAUUCAUCUUUUAUUGGGCGUGCAUCUGCUAAAAACAAGGGUCGAAUGGCUCGAUAUCUAGCAAACAAGUGUUCUAUUGCUUCUCGAAUCGAUUGUUUUUCAGAGAAAAGUAGUACGUCAUUUGGUGAUAAACUUCGUGAACAAGUUGAGGAGCGGCUUGAUUUUUAUGAUAAGGGUGUUGCUCCUCGUAAAAAUAUCGAUGUCAUGAAAGCUGCUAUGGAAAAUGAUUCAAAUCAAGAUACAGAAAUGGAGGUGGAAAAUGCUUCAUCAAAGAAAAGCAAGAAAAAGAAAUCUAAAGAUAAUGAGGCUAGUGAUGAUGGUGAUAAAGAAAAUACGGCUGCAAAUGGAGAAUCUAAAUCUGAAAAGAAGAAAAAGAAGCGAUCACUUGAAGAAAGAUUAGAGUCCAAUGAGAAUGGCAAAGAAAACGGUGAAGAAACUGGAAAGAAGAAAAAGAAAAAGAAGAGCAAAGUCGUUGAGGCGGUUGAUGCUCCUGCUGUUAGUGAAGGCAAGAAGAAGAAGAAGAAAUCAUCUGUAGAGUGAAGAACAAGCUAGGUGACUGACUUCACAUCGAAUUUUGUUGCAACUUUCAAACUUAUAUUUGUGAGAUUUUUGGGUUUGUGGUGAAUCUCUUUUUGUAAACAUAUAAGAUAGACUUGAUCUCUUAACAACAA